CAACCUAUCACUUCCGUACUGAGGCGUGAACGGCUUAUCAAAAUGGACCACAGAACAGGGAGUGUGCAACUUUUUUAAAAUAAUCUGUUUGGUCAAAGUUUGCAGUUGGGGGACGGAUCUGACGGAUGGAGGAGAAAGGAGAUGCUGCUUGUGGGGAGAUUGCGAGGUGCACGGAGCACGGCAAGAAGCUGAUGUAUUUCUGCAGAGUAGAGAAACAGAAAGUUUGCAGCAAAUGUGCGAUUAUGGGCUCACACCGAGGGCACACGGUGGUGGCAGUGGAAGAGGCCUUAAGUGAGUUGAAGGAGUCGUUGUCUGCAAAGUUGGUGGAGUUACAGGCAGAGAGCUCAGAGCAGACCUCAAGAUUGGAAGAGAUUGAACGGAACACAACAGCAGCCCAGGAGCAAGCUGAGAUACUCGAACGGCAAGUGCAAGAAGAUUUUGCUGCUUUGCGGAGCUUCCUAGAUUCAGAGGAGAAAGUUUUGAUGGAAUUGAUAGCUGCUGAGAAACAACAGACCCUGGAGGAGCUGAGAAGGCUGAAGGCAGAAUGCUUGCAGAGAGUUGAACGUCUGAAAUUGCUGAUGGAUCCCCUUGAUGCAGCACUGCAGACCACCAACCUGAAUGGCCUCCUGAAGGUGCUGAACACUUCCUCUGAUCGAUUUCGUAAUCCAUGUGAAACAGUGAAUGACCCCAUUGUACGUUUUGAGGCUGAGAAAUUUUGUGGCCCACUGCAAUACAAAGUUUGGAAGAAGAUGUUUCAAAUAAUUCAGACGGUGCCUGAAGCUUACACCUUUGACUAUUCAACUGCUCACCCUUACCUUGAAAUCUCGGCAAACCGGCGAUCAGUCAUUCCUCUUCGUGCACCUUUGCCAGUUGUUUACAUGGAUGCGCGAUUUGACACUGCCCUUUGUGUUCUUGGUGCUGAAGCAUUUUCAACAGGGAAACACUACUGGGAAGUGACUGUCAACAAGAAAGACAAAUGGGACCUGGGAGUUGCUUACAACUGUAUAUCCCGCCAUGGGGAUAUUGUCUACCGUCCAAGCGACGGCAUCUGGUGUCUGACAUUGCGAGAUGGUUGUCACUAUGAGGCGUGUGAUGAGCCUGACAUCCAGCUGAAGGUCCAGCGCAAACCAUGCCGAAUCGGUAUCUACGUAGACUAUGAGGGUGGCGUGGUGUCGUUCUUUGAUGCUGAGGCGAUGCAGAUGCUCCAUGUCUUUCGAGCCCAUUUCACAGAUCCGCUUAUACCCCUGUACAGCCCUUGCAGACUGGAAGAUGGAGCCCUGGGUGAUCAGAGACUCAGUAUUUUCAAAUUGAACGUGUGAUAUCGUUGAGGACAGUUUUCUCUGCUUUGUACUGUUGGGGUUGAUCAUUGCAGGAACUCUGAUUAUUCAUUGUUCCUGGCCCCAGUCACAAACAAAAUAAAAAAUCUUUGUUUUAAAGUUG